AUGCAUCAACAGAACGACUGUUUGGAGCUCGUGCCUGCAACCUCUAACAGAUCACCUCUUUGGCAGCAGUUAACUUUUGCAAUUAAGAACGGAGGGCCCAGGACCCGCAAGCAGCCCCACCUGGCGUCCCGCGACCCGCACACAGCCCCACCUGGCGUCCCGCCCGCCACCGUCGCUGGCCUGCAGCAGCAUCUCCUCCAGCUCUCGCCUAUGAAGGGGCUCAGGCUGGCCGACAAGGAGGACACUCCCUCGUCCCACAGCGGGACCCGCGUGCUGGCCAGCAAGACCGCGAGGAGGACCUGCCAGGAGCCCGGCGAGCCGAACCCUAAGCUAUCUGCCCCCAGUGCGGAGGAUGAACCACUUCUGAAAGAAAACCCCCGCCGCUCUAUGUGUAACCCUCGCCGCUCUGUCAUCUUUCCUAUCGAAUACCGUGAUGUUUGGCAGAUGUGUAAGAAAGCUGAGGCUUCCUUCUGGACGGCUGAGGAGGUGGACCUUUCCAAGGACAUUCAGCACCGGGAAGCCCUGAAGCCUGAGGAGAGACAUUUCACUUCGCAUGUCCUGCCUUUCUCUGCAGCAAGUGAUGGCGUAGUAAAUGAAAACCUGGUGGAGCGGCUUAGCCAAGAAGCUCAGAUGACAGAAGCCCGUUAUUUCUAUGGCUUCCAAAUUGCCAUGGAAAACAUACAUUCGGAAAUGUAUAGUCUCCUCAAUGACACUUACAUUAAAGAGUCCAAAGAAAGGGAAUUUCUCUUCAACGCCAUUGAGACAAUGCCUUGCAUAAAGAAGAAGGCAGAUUGGGCCUUGCGCUGGAUCGAGGACAAAGAGGCUACGUGUGGAGAACGUGUCGUAGCCUUUGCCGCAGUGGAAGGCAUCUUCUUUUCUGGUUCUUUUGCAUCGAUAUUCUGGCUCAAGAAAUGAGGACUGAUGCCCAGCCUCACAUUUUCCAAUGAACUUAUUAGCAGAGACGAGGGUUUACACUGUGACUUUGCCUGCCUGAUGUUCAAACACCUGCUACACAAACCUUCGGAGCAGAGAGUCAAAGAAAUAAUCGUCAGUGCAGUUAGGCUAGAACAGGAGCUCCUCACAGAGGCCUCAACAGUGAAGCUCAUUGGGAUGAAUUGCGCUUUGAUGAAGCAGUACAUCAAAUUCCUGGCAGACAGACUUAUGCUGGAGCUGGGUUUUAGCAAGGUUUUCCGAGUAGAAAAUCCAUUUGACUUUAUGGAGAAUAUUUCACUGGAAGGGAAGACUAACUUCUUUGAGAAGAGAGUAGGCGAGUAUCAGAAGAUGGGAGUGCUGUCCAGUCCGACAGAGAAUUCCUUUACCUUGGAUGCUGACUUCUAAGUGAACUGAAG